UUACCUAGCCCUGCUCAUGCAGUUGGUCUUUGCUCGCCACCGAUUGUAGGCCUGGUCGGUAGCACAGCACAAUUACUUGACAGUGAAUAAACACCAGAAAGUAGCACCGUCCAACUUACACGCAGGCGACUGGCCAUCCACAGACCUUACAGCGGUUCCAUCACUCAACAUGAGCCAGAGAGAAGCUCGCUGAACAUGCCAUCUCUGACCCUGUUCUUCAUCCUGAAUUGCUCACCUUUUGCUUGGAUUGUACCCAGAUGAGACCUCACACUCGACGCACUGGGUCGUUGGCAGCCUCGAGGACCUCGCUCGGAAAGCCGUGUCGUCCGUCUAUCGGGCUUGGGCCAGGGCGACAACCCAAUCACGGCAAGCACAGGGAGGAGGAAACCGACAGGCAGUGUGGGAGGGUCGAUGCAACCACCGACUAGCCAAUGGCGCCACGGUCAGAUUUGUUUCACGGGCGCGUAAAACUGCUGACGGAUAGUCCCGGACAAUGCUGAGUGGCCAGACAAGCGAAACAUUUCUUGUCGUCCUGCGAGGAUCUACCGGUGUUUUUCCCCAGGCUCGAAGAAGAGGGAGGGUAGCCGUCGGACCUGACAGUCCAAUGACAGCCAGUGGAAGCCAGAGCUGGGGAGAGAGAGCGAGGUUGACCAACGGAGAGAGAUGGUUGAGUGGUACUGGGAAACAAGCUUCCAAACUGUUGAGCUGAACUUCACGUCUUCUCCCGCGGAAAAUCAUCCCAUGUUGUUGGACUCGUUGAACGGCCGAGAAGAGCUAGGAAGAGGAGCAAGAGAGCUAGCAACGGGAGGCAUCGCUUGGCUUUGCCCAAGACAAAGCUUGGCAGGUGUGUACACCCCCGGUGAUCACCAACCUUAUCGUACGCUAGGCAUUUUCCCACCAGGGGCAUAUUUUGAUGCAGGACAUUCACCCACCCACUCACAAGACCCGAAGCAAACAACAUCAGGACCAACAGCAUAAAGCAAUAUAGUACUCAUUCCCAGCGACGUGGGUUGAAUAUGGCCGGUCCCUACCAGGAUUCUCCGCAUGACAAAAUGAAAAUGGAGGGGCAGGUGAUAUCGACUGGAGUGUGAUGAUCGCUUCGCCCAGCAGCAGAGAGGUGGCCCUCCGGCGCUUGGAACCGCCGUGCCGGGUCCGCGCAGUUCUCCCGACGGGAGAGGGAUUGCCGAAACCGUUCAGAGGCGCACCCGUCCUGGAAGAGAGGACCACCACCACGAGAACGCCAUGCGGCCGCCGUCGGUCUUGUCGAGAACAUUAACGACACACCGAAUGUUGAAAAGAUCACCUGGCAGACUCCCAACUGUUGAAGGUUGCCACUUGGCUAGAUGAUAGCCGCUGGAAGGGAAGCUGACGGACCAUGGUUUUGGAGGAGCAAUUCUUCUCCCGUAGGUCUAGAACCUGAAGCUGCCACUGACCAUCAUGCCAGAUUCCAAGCCACCACUCUGAAAGGACCCUUGCAGCUGCACUCAGAGGUGUCAACACCGUGUGCGACGCCAUCCAAGACCUGACUUUUUCUUCUCUGCCGAAGGAGAAAAGGGGAUCAGCAGGUUUCCUGGUGGGGGAUUCUAUCUGCCACAGACUGAGGAGCGCAGACUGAGUCAGUGAUACUGCGCAUCCGGACCUAUAGCAAAUUGAUGCUGUGUUUCCUGCAGUGCAGUCAGCCUCCCAGCAAUUUCGAGCAUCUACUCCUAUUGAUGGCCGUUUGCUGUUCAGAAAUGAUCACCAGGUCUGUUGACUGCGGUCCUUAUACGACUACAGAUAGCAGCAAACUUGGUAUGUGAACGCAAACAGUGCCAUGACAGCCACGUCAAGCCACAAACAGAUUAUAUUCUCCGUUUGUAAUGGGGUCUGGAGCCUUGCCGGUGAGGAGAAGUGCCAGGCGUACGUAAUCUGGAGAUAUAAACAUCGUGAUACGCCGCCCGGCAACCAGAAGUUUCGCGAAUGUCAAAGUUUCCAGCUGACCGGUCACAACGACACCGAUUGUUAACUAGAUUACACAGCCAUUGUCGUCCUACUGACUCUGAACAGGAUCACGAUCACAGCAAUAUCAAUCAGACUUGGCGAGACGAACUAUCAUCUACCAGGCUAGGAUUCGAGAGCAAACAUUUUGACAAUGAAGGCAUAAGCCUCGUACACAGCAGACGGCUUGAAGCCUCGCCACGAGUCUCUACCCAAAACGCGGGUAGCCACGAGCUGAUCAACACCCUGACUUGGAUCAAGACAGCCGAAUCAAGAAUCUACAGUAUACCAUUUGGUCUCACCGCUGGGAUUACGUGUAUUUGAAAAGCGGGCCAGAUAGGCUUGGACAUGGUUACAGACAGUCAGGAGAAAUAAGACAAGACAAUGAAUCAGAUCUUGUACCAUGGGAGAACUGGCAUACUUCUCCACUGUCUUGGAUGGAAGGCCUAUAUCGUCACUACUUUGCCACACUCAAUAUCACAUCAUCGAGGACACAGAGCGGCAGAGGCAACCAGCAAAGGGGUUCCUGUUCUCAGACAGCACGCGAGACAUUCCAACAGUUCUACGUCUGACCAGGCCCAUGAGAGAAGUCAGCCGAGCUUCAACAAUCACACUACAUGAUGCAAGGAUGCGAUCUAAACUAAAGGCAGUGUGCCUGUUUGCUCCACCAGGGCCGUUACAUCCGUUGUCGACACGAGAAUAUCUCCGGCGCUGAGGAAGGCUAUGACGGGCUCAACGUCGUACAUCAGUCUCUUCUGUCGUCGACGAUGGGUAUAAAAUGCCCGUUGCUAACAUGUCUCCCACAGUAAAUCAACACCGCACUCAGAUCAUCAACAAGACAAGCAACACCACAACACCAUGCGUCACAGCAAAGCUUUCCUUCCCCUCUCUCUAGCCUCCCUAGGAGCAGCAGAGAUAGUCGGCCAGUGGACAGCCUGGUCCCUCGCCCGCACCUGUACCCCUGAAGGCAGCUCCUGCACCUACCACCUCGUCCUCGUCCCAGGUCCAGAAUCCGAUUUCAUCACCUGCGACUGGACCGUCGACUCUACCAGUAACUUCAAACCCGCGUACCAAACCGACUUUGCCGAAGCAAAAUGCGGAGACAACCUUUCCCUAAACGGGGGCUGGAGCAGCAUGGGGUUCAUCACCAUCGUGCCCACCGACAAAGCAGCCAACGUCUACGCCUUCUUCGGCUUCACCGACGCCGAGCUCGCAGACGGGCAGGUUGCGUCAUCAAGACAAAGACCUGCCUACCGAGUCGGCACUUUUGGCGAGAAGGAGCACCCUGACCUGGGGCUGGGUAUGUCGAAAAAGAUGGUGAGGAGACUAAGCCGUGGUUUUGUCCAGCAGCACGGCGGCUCCUUGUCAUCAUCCAAACCGACAAAGGAAAAGAGGCGGGAUAUAACCAUGAGUGAUCAACUGCGAAAGCACAUCUCGGUGAUGUAUGCCUCCAGCCAGCAGCAAAAAUCCUCUUCCGAGAUCGACACCUGCAGCCAAAACUGCCAGCCUAGCGGGGAUGACUUCGACGCCCUUGCGUGUGUCGAGACUUGUCGUCAGCAGCUUCACGGGCCAAAGAUCAACAACGGCCAGGAGAGGCACCGCCUCGGCACCCGUAACGACAACCCAGAAACGUGGCAAAUCCACUCCCUCACCCGCCUAACCAACCACCUCCUCAACCAAACCAUGUUCACCUUCUCCCUUUACUCCAGCACUACCCUCCAGCUAGCAAAGUGCAGCAUCUCAAUCCCGUCCGUAGAGCCAACCCACAGCUGGUACGGACAGCGCUGUGACAAGGAUGGGAAGUUCAGUGUUGGGUGGGGGUACAAAGCAGAUACAGACUCGGCCGUGAUGACGGUUUGCGAGAGGGGACGGGGGAUGGCUUGGUUCGGGUGGGAUGGUGUUGCUGAGAGGGACCUAGACCUGGUGGAGGUCAGGUUUGGGGAUUCGAGAGGGGAGGUGGUGCAUGAGACGGUUUGUACUUGAUUUUUUUUGGGG